AUGUUCACGGGUGAAAUCAGUCUACGUGAUGUUUUCCCAUAUCCGUUGGACCUUAGCGCUGAACGUAAAGAGAUGACACAUGUUUUUUUGCAGUCAGUGGAAAAAUUUAUGUCUGAAGUCAAUAAUCCAACUAAGAAUGAUGAUGAAGCAAAUAUUCCAAAGGAAGUUUUGUCGCAGUUUGCUGAGUUGGGGUCAUUUGGAGCUCUAGUUCCUGAGAAAUAUGAGGGCGCUGGUUUGAAUAAUACACAAAUGGCACGACUUGCUGAGGCUGUUGGUGCAAGAGAUCUCGCCUUAGCUGUCGUAAUGGGUGCACAUCAGUCUAUCGGCUAUAAAGGCAUAUUGCUUUACGGAACGGAGGAACAAAAGCUAAAAUAUUUACCAGAUUUAGCAACGGCUCGGAAAUUUGCUGCUUUUUGCCUCACCGAAGCUGAAGCUGGGUCAGAUGCCAAAUCAAUCCGUACUCGCGCGGAAAAAACAGCUGAUAAUAGGCAUUAUGUUAUUAAUGGUAGUAAACUAUGGAUAAGUAACGGAUCGUUUGCAGAUAUAUUCACUGUUUUCGCCCAGACACCAGUGAAGGGCGAUGACGGUAUCAUAAAAGAUAAAGUCUCGGCAUUCAUCGUUGAACGAACAUUUGGUGGAGUGAUAAGUGGUGUGCCUGAAAAAAAAAUGGGUAUCAAAGGAUCAAAUACUACGGAAGUCCUUUUUCAAAACACAAAAGUUCCAGUGGAAAAUCGUUUGGGUGAGGAGGGCGAUGGAUUUAAAAUUGCUAUGAAUAUUCUUAAUAACGGCAGAUUUGGCAUUCCUGCCGCUUGUACUGGUGCAAUGAAGUAUUGCAUUCAAAAAACGAUCGAUCACAUUUCUGAGCGAUCUCAAUUCAAUCGAAAGCUCAAAGAAUUCGGAAACGUACAAGAACAAUUUACUGAUAUGGUUGUAUGUCACUAUGCAGCAGAGAGCCUCACUUAUAUGUUGUCAUCAGUUAUGGACAGAGGUGUGCAGGAUUACCAAUUAGAGGCUGCAAUCGGAAAAAUUAUGGCAUCGGAAAACGCAUGGCGUGUUUGUGAUCGUGCUAUUCAACUUCAUGGGGGAAUGGGUUUCAUGAAAGAAUGCGGUUUGGAAAGAAUACUUCGAGAUUUGCGCAUAUUUAGAAUAUUUGAAGGUGCUAAUGAUGUGCUUCGCUUAUUCAUUGCAUUAAGUGGAAUACAAGUUCGUAUUCAUUGCAUAACUUUUAUUGUGGAUUUGAGAAAUAUAGUGCACCCAUCGCUCAUCGGUAGUGCAAAGUUAUUGAAUGACUUAUUAAUCGAAUUCAUCAAAACAAUUAAAAAUCUUCUAAUGAAACAUAAGAGAACAAUCGUAGAUCGGCAAUAUGAAUUAAUUCGUGUUGCAAACGCAGCCAUUGAACUUUAUAGUAUGGUUGCCGUGCUUUCAAGGUGCACAAGAACAUCCAAUUCGAUGGCUUCUUCUGUUCAGGAGCAAGAAAUUGCUAAUCUUUUCUGUAAACAAGUAAUUUUUCUGAUAUCAAAUUAUAUUAAUGAAAUAUACCUUCUUUAA